AUGGAGCUCCAGAAGAGACUUUCCACCUGCUGGGACCGCUUUCUGUCCUGCUUCAGAAAGCCCGAACAGUCCGAAACAGAUGGAUCCACUGUCAUCACCAAUCCCCAUGCCAAAGUCUCGACAUACAACCCCGGCCCGUCUAACCCCGCUCCCCCGCAGAAGAGAGGUUCUAACCCGGCCGCUCGGAACCAGUACGUGGCGCUGUACGACUACUCGGCCAGGACAGCGGACGAUCUGAGCUUCAACACCGGGGACAGGCUAGAGACGCUGAACAAGGACACAGGGGAGUGGUGGUUCGCCAAGGCCCUCACCGGGAUCUCCUCCAACCGGACCGGGUACAUCCCUGCGAACUAUGUGGCCCCCCUGGAGAGCAUCGACGCGGAACCGUGGUAUUUUCCUGAAACUAAGCGACAGGACGCAGAGAAGAUGCUGCUGGCAGAAGGCAACGACCAGGGAGCUUUCCUCAUCCGCAACUGUGAGAGCCAGAAAGGAGAACUGUCGCUCUCAGUUCUGGACAGUGGACGAGUGAAGCACUACAAACUGAGAAAGCUGGAGAACGGUCAAUAUUUCGUGUCUCGAACGAAGUCUUUCGAGACGCUGAAGGAGCUGGUGGAGUGGUACUCGGGCCAGGCCGACGGUCUGUGCGCUCGUCUGGGAGAACCCUGUCGAAAGAUGGAGGCCCCCACCACGUACGGUUUGUCCUACAACACGGUGGACACCUGGGAGAUCCCGCGCACCUCCAUAAAGCUGGGCAAGAAGCUGGGGGCGGGGCAGUUUGGAGAGGUCUACGAGGGUCUGUGGAACGACACGACCGCUGUGGCCGUCAAGACUCUGAAACCCGGAACCAUGGACGCCGCAGACUUCCUGAGAGAGGCUCAGUUCAUGAAGCGGCUGCGACACGCCAAACUCAUCCAGCUGUACGCCGUCUGCACCAUGGAGGAGCCCAUCUUCAUCAUCACCGAGCUCAUGAGGCACGGCAGUCUGCUGGAGCACCUGCAGAUGGACAGGGGCAGAAACCUGGGCAUCUCGGACCAGAUCGAGUUUGCGGCGCAGGUGGCCGCGGGGAUGGCGUAUCUGGAGCAGCAGAACUACAUCCACCGAGACCUCGCCGCCCGCAACGUCCUGGUGGGAGAGAACAACAUCUGUAAAGUGGCGGACUUCGGCCUCGCCAGGGUCUUCAUGAAAGAAAAUGAAAACGUGUAUGAAGCCAAAGAAGGCGGUAAGUUCCCGGUGAAGUGGACGGCUCCUGAGGCCAUCCACGACAACACGUUCAGCAUCAAAUCUGACGUCUGGUCCUUCGGGAUUCUGCUCUACGAGAUCAUGACGUUCGGCCAGACGCCUUAUCCAGCCAUGACCAACUACCAGGUGGUGCAGAAGGUCCUGGAGGGAUACAGGAUGCAGCCUCCUCCCAACUGCACCAAGAUCCUCUUUGCGAUCAUGUCGGACUGCUGGAAGCGGGACCCCCAGGACCGGCCCACCUUCGAGACCCUGCAGUGGAAGCUCGAGGACUACUUCGAAAUGGACGUCACCUCGUACGACGACGCCAACCGCUACUACAGCUAA